GGGAGGAGCUAGAAAGGGGGAGGAGCUAUGGAGGGAGCGGAGCUAGAAAUGGGGAGGAGCUAGAAAGGGGGAGGAGCUAGAAAGGGGGCGGGGCUUUGUUUCCAGGGCACCAGCGUGGGUUGACACCAUCACCGCCAUCACCACCACCGUCACGCCCGGCCGCCUUUGUCUCUCUGUAGCUGCACCCUCUCAUACACACCAACAACCACUCCCGGCCGCCUUUGUCUCUCUCUAUCUAUCUCUCACUCUCCAUAGCAGCGCUCACAGUUUAUAAUACGGCUCGCAACAGCACCCGGGAAGUUUGUAUUUUAUUUAAGGCCGAGUCGACUUAGGGGUGAGACGGCUCCCUCCCCCCACCCAGCUAAUGCUGGUGCGGGGAUAGAACCUGGGUGCCCGGUUAGGUGCCAGGCUAGGUGCCAGGUUAGGUGCCAGGCUAGGUGCCAGGUUAGGUGCCAGGCGAGGUGCCAGGCUAGGUGCCAGGCUAGGUGCCAGGUUAGGUGCCAGGCGAGGUGCCAGGCGAGGUGCCAGGCUAGGUGCACGCAGUGAGCGAUGUGCGAGGGACCGUCCACGAUUUCUGGGCCCAUCCCGCCCGAUCUGAGUCUCUACCCGAAGAGCUACAACCAGCAGCAGCAGCAGGGGAGGCCGCAGUCUGCUCGGAACCCCAUCCGAGCCCUGCCCCCCUGGGUGCCCUCUUCCGCCCGUAGCCCCGCCCCUGGGCCCCCACCCCCUCGCGCGCUGGGGGAGGGGCUGGAGAUCCUCCUGAGGGGGAGGGGCAGCGUGGGGGCGCUCAUCCAUGCUGAGGGGCCCCGCCAGGGGGAGGGGCCUUGGGGCGGGGGCCCCAAACGACAAGGACACAAGCCGCGAAACCACGUCCUUGAAAACUUGCGACGCAUCAGAAAGAUCCAGCAGCAGCAUCAGCAGCAUCAGCAGCAGCCUCCUGCUCAUCAGCAGUGUGAAGCCACCGCUCUCUGGAAGUCGAGGAAAUAUGACAACGUUCCCAGCAAAGUGACCGCCAAGCUGCAGGAACCACCUCUUCCUCCUCGAGCUCAAAGCGCUGGGUUUCUCCGGGCUCACUCCAGAGGAAGAGGGGAGAGUGGGGGAGAGACUCCUAGACAGGCGAGGCAGAGUGUGGACUUCGUGAAGAGGAACGCCAGGGACGCGUGGCAACGUGGAGAGAGAGACAACGGCCUAAGCAGAUCCAACUCCCAGCCCAAUCUCAGCCUGGCCCCUCAACCCAAGGGGAUGCUGCCCGCCUAUUUGAUCGAGCGCAGGGAGGAGUGGAGCAGGCAGCAGGAGGAGAGACGCAGACAGCAGCCCGAGAUCGGACAACCGGAGGGGCACACGGCGAUGAGAGAGACGGAGAGGGCAGAGACGUUGGCCUGCCUGCGCAGCACCCAGCAGCAGCUGCUGCAUGAGCUGGGCUCCAUGCCCAUGCGUGCGGACACUCUGCGGGUGCGGGAGAGACGCGCGGACAUCGAGAGGCGCCUCGCGGAGGUCGAGGAGGCAGUUCGGAUCUUCUCCAGGGAGAGGGUCUACGUGAAGAGAGACUCCUGAGGGAGACAGCCGCACAGAGAGAGAGAGGGGGGGGGGGGGGUGGCAGAGAGGUGGGUAGAGAGAAAAGGAAGGGGUAAGGAGAGCUGAGUGAAAAAUAUUUUACGCUACGAGACCUCCUUUACCAGUGGCAAAAUAU